AUGCCAUCAAGUGAUGAAAAUAUAAAGAGGAAACGUCCAAUCAACGUCUUUGUCAAUUUUAAACCAUUUUGGGCUUCGCUCCCGCAAAACAGUGCUAUAAAUGUAACAGCCUUUCUCAAUUAUCCUCAAGCGACAAGAAUGCAAUUUUCAAACAAAAUUUUUCCUGAAAGCGGUUUUGAAGUGCUAGCCGUGAUUCAGUCGGUAACUGAUUUUCAUUGGCAGAGACAAAAAUUGAGUUGGUCACUAUUUCAUAGGAGUGAGUCCGGUGAGGAAACAGUAACUCAUGCCGCACCUUCAACUUCAACAUCUUAUCUUGACCGUGAAAGUUUGCAGCUUCUCAACAGCGUUAUCAAAACACCUUUAAAAUGGACAUGUUCCAGUAUUGUGGUUUUGAAAUCGCGAAAAACACACAUCACCCCACCGAAUAGUCACCUACUAAAGAUGGGUCAAUCAAAAAGUAAGAAAAAGUGUAGAUCCAUUCGUAAGGUGGUUAAAACUACUCAGGUAAAACAAGCGCCAAUCCUAAAAUAUUUACUGCCUUUGGGUAGACAUGAAGUCAUUUCAAAAGUGGGCAAAAAACAGUUCACCCAUCUUACUUCAACCAUCGCUACAACGAAUUGCGGAUUUACUCCAUUGGAUACUCCAGUUGAAAUACCCAAAUGUCGAAUUAUUCCACAAAAAAAGAAACAACAGCCAAUUGGAAGGAACGACAUGAAGAUUAAAUCUGGUUCAGAAGCACUUGUUCAGGAACUUCCAAACAAAUCUAUGGUUAUUAUGAUCAUUCAAAAGCGGAUAUUAAGAACAAUGAAACGAUGUACAAUAAACCACAAGAUUUGA